AUGGAGGGUGAUAAUUCAACUUGCAAUGAAAACAUCAAGGUAGUUUUAAAUGAAAAUGAUGAUGCAAUAAAAAUGUGUGAUAACUCAAGCAUUGAAGAUCCUGUUCCUCUGUUGCAGAAGUUGGUAGCCGAGGUGGUGGGAACAUUCUUCUUAAUAUUUGUUGGAUGUGGUUCUGUAGUUACAAAUCUUAACAAUGAUAAUGCAGUAACACUUCCUGGAAUUGCAAUUGUUUGGGGACUUUGUGUUGUGGUAUUGGUAUAUUCUCUUGGUCAUAUCUCUGGUGCUCAUUUUAAUCCUGCUGUCACAAUUGCUCAUGCAUCUACCAAAAGAUUUCCAUUAGUGCAGGUACCACCAUAUAUUAUUGCUCAACUCGUUGGGUCACUACUUGCAAGUGGGGCUCUCAAACUUAUAUUUACUGGCAAAGAAAACCGCUUUGUGGGAACACUUCCAGCCGGAUCUAACCUCCAAGCUCUUAUCAUUGAAUUUAUAAUUACUUUCUAUCUUAUGUUCAUCAUUUCAGGAGUUGCCACCGAUGACAGAGCGGUCGGUGAAUUGGCUGGACUUGCAGUUGGAUCUGCAAUUAUUCUAAACGUGUUGUUUGCUGGACCAAUCACAGGAGCAUCAAUGAAUCCUGUCAGAAGUUUAGGUCCAGCUAUUAUGCACCACGAAUAUAGAGGAAUAUGGAUUUAUGUGGUUUCACCUAUUCUAGGAGCUUUGGCCGGUACAUGGGCGUAUACUUUUAUCAGAAUUUCAAAGAAACCAGUACGUGAGCUCACAAAGAGUAGUUCAUUCCUUAAAGAAAUGGGAAGCAAGUGA